GCCGAGUAAACUUCAAGGUAAAAACCCAUCCAUUUAACAUUUCACGUAAUGUCGGAAGAUAAAUAAUUACAUAAGACAUGUUCUUUGUAAUGUUUAAAACGCCUCGUAAUCUUAUCAACGUAGAAGUAACUAUGGUAAGAUAAGACUCACUUUUGACUAUGGAUGAGACAGGUGGAAUAUUUCGAAAGUAAAGUGCAAAAAUGUCUUUAGACGGCAUAUUCGGAAAACGGUACAAGUGCGUUGGGAGUGAUAACUUCGACGAGUAUUUAAAGGCGAUCGGAUUGAAUUUUGUCCAGCGCAAAAUGGCUAGCACAAUACUACCCUCGAUCAUGCUCUGCAAAAAUGGCGACGAGUAUAUACUAUCCACCCACACACCCGUGAAGACUGUGGCGUUCGCAUUUAAGCCGGGCGUGGAGUUCGAGCAUGAAGCUCUGGACGGCAGAAACGUCACUGCCGUGGUUCACGUCGAGGCCAAUACUCUAAGGGAAGUUCAAACGGAUACCGACGGCAGGGUCGUGGAUAUCGAAAGAAUUUUCACCGAGGACGAAAUGAGGAUGGAGAUACGAACGGGUGACGUCACAGCGCGGAGAGUCUUUAAAUGACGUCACGCACUUUUUCUAGUACGGACCUGUGUGGAGUAAACAUGUAAAAGUGUGCAUCUAACCUGAAUUUGUUUUUUCAUUAUUGCUUGAUAUACUAUA